UACCCUGUCAGUCUCAUCUGGAGAUUGUAGAAGGAACGUUGUUAGUUGAGCUUUUGUAGUUACUGCCCUGACCUCCCACUGGACCUCAGUGCAGUUAUACACAGGGGCAGUAAAUCUCCUUAAAGUCAUAUUAGCCCAGAUAAUACCUGCAAUUAGCACCUUAGGGAUUCUUUGCCCAAUUAGUGCAGAAAAGCUUUGUUUCAACCAAAAAAAGCUUUUAUUUUCACUUUUUGAGGAGGUAGGAAGCAACAUUAAGGCUCCCAAAACUCACCAGAGUCUUCAGACCCUUCCUCAAGGCGUUAUAUUUUGCUCCCUGUUCACUUAGUACAUAUUUAUUGGUAAUUGUUUCAAUACCAUGGAAAUAAUGGAGAGCUGCGAUCCGGUGAUACAGUGGGACCGCAAACUGAGCGAGCUGUCUGAGGCUGCCGAGAGCGACUCCUUGUACAACAACACGCCCUUCUCGGAACUCCUCGAUGACUCGGCCCUGCUGGAUGUUCUGGGGCAGCUGAUGGGGGACCCGUUCCUCACAGACAAGUAUGAGAUGAUGGAAGUCGAGAUGAAUCCGAACUCCCCAUCCCCCAUGAUUAAAGCGGAACACAGCUACUCCCUGUGUGGAGACUCUCGCCCUCAGUCGCCCUUUACUCACGCCUCCUCUGACGACAACUUCAGUGACACCGAUCUGACAGGUGAUGAUUGGUGCCUGAAUGGGGAAUUUACUGCCACGACCCCCACCACCAAAAUUAAGAUGGAAAUCCCUCUUGAAGAGACCCCUGGCCUGACCCCAUCUGUUACCCUGGCAACCAAUGCAGUCUCCGCUUCCCCAGAGGUGGAUGUCCUGUCCGAAUUGCCAGUUCCAGAGCAGGGUCAGAUUCUGAACCCCGUUGCCCUGCCGCAAAUAAAGCUGGAGCCGCACGAGGUGGACCAAUUCCUUAAUCUGUGCCCAAAGGAAGUUGCCUCAACAGAAGCUCUACAGAUGCCUCCUACCCCUCCCAGCAGUCAUGGCAGUGAUUCAGAAGGGGGUCAGAGCCCCACCAGGUCUCUCCCACCCUCCAGCCCAGUCCAGUCACAGGGUGGUGGCAAAAUGCCUGCAAGGAGCCCCUCUGCACUGUCCAACUCACCUCUACUGACUGCCCCUCAUAAGCUGCAAGGGACUGGCCCUCUCAUGCUCACGGAGGAGGAGAAGAGGACUCUGGUAGCUGAAGGUUACCCCAUUCCCACCAAAUUGCCCCUAACCAAAGCAGAGGAGAAGGCGCUGAAGAAGAUCCGCAGGAAGAUUAAAAACAAGAUCUCUGCCCAGGAAAGUCGCAGGAAAAAGAAAGAAUAUAUGGACAGCCUGGAGAAGAGGGUUGAGAAUUGUUCCUCUGAGAACAGUGAUCUGCGCAAGAAAGUGGAAGUUCUGGAGACGACCAACAGGACUCUUCUUCAGCAGCUCCAACGUCUGCAGGCAAUGGUCACAGGCAAAGUCACCCGUUCCUGCAAAGCCGCCGGCACCCAAACUGGCACCUGCCUCAUGAUGGUGGUCUUGUGCUUUGCCGUUGUUUUUGGAAGCUUCACUCAAAACUUAGAUCUAUAUUCGUCAUCAAGUAAAACUAUGCAUGAGCCGAGCCAACAUUCAGCUCUGGAGUCCUACACGGCUUCUAUUGUUCGUUCCCGCAAACUCCUUAUCUUCGAGGAGCACCAGGCUGUAGAGAAACUGCACAGCUCUGCGGUGAUGUUAGAGACGCAGGACGCUUGGGAGAUUCAAGCUGAUACCAUCUCUAAACACCAGGCGGCGCUAUUGGAAGAACUUAAUUUUUCCCAAGAGAAAGCCUUCAGCCUAUCAAAUGACAGCAGCAGCGACAUGCCAGUCCGGCAUAGGUUCACUUCAGAAUUUGGACAUAAUGACACCACCAAAGUCAUAGAGUUGGACCGGACUGUCAACACAACUUCCUAAUGGAGGAUCCUGUCCCCCCCCCAUCCCUUCUAUCAGCCCCCUUGGCGCCCCCCGCUGAGCCCACCCCUUGGACUUGUCCCGCUGUGCUGGGCUUAGGAGGCCGGGACUCUGAUAUCGGCGAAUGAGAGUCGUUUGCAACAAACGAGAUGCUGAUUCCUCGUCAGGAUCCAAUAUGGCCGCCUCGUGGACUUAAUCGCGAGGGCACCAUUGGGAGUGUCACUUGUUUGCCAGGGCCGAGGUUGGAGGUGGAGCCAUUCGCUGAUUCUGAAACCCACAUCUUGAUAACUCCCUGCAGCCUUGGUCAGGAAUACACUGAUUUUCCGCAUCAAUACAACCAGUCAAGAUAGAGAAAUUCAGGUUCUGGGACAAAAUGAGCAAUUAUUUUCAUUUAUAUGGACACGAUACAACACUGCCACCUACGGGCCAGGACAUGUACGGUGUCCCCUCUGAGACAAAAAGGCUUUAGGUUUAAGUUAUAGCAAUGAACACUGUAACAAGCCUCCCCUUUAAGGCUUCUAUCCCUGCCAGACUAUAUAAUCUGCGUGCCUUAAUAACUCCCAAUCCCUCGCGUAUAAACCUGCAGUUUCAGCCUUGCCACCCCCACAUCCAUUGUAGCCCUUAUCUUAAACAUCAUGUGCUCCCAUCAUGCACUGCAAGCCCUAAGGUUGUGCCGUCGCUUUAAGUGGCAAGUUCAGAACGUCAAUGAGUCGGACUUGUACUCCCAGGAUAUUUGGGGGUGUUCAUAGCCAAUGCACCCACAAUCCUCUCUGCCCCUGUCACUGUUGUAAAUAGUAUUUAUUAGUUUUGCUCUGUUAAGGGGAAGUAAACCCAUCUCAGUAUAUUAUUGUCUCGAGAUCCUUCUGAUGCUCCCCAUUCCCUCUAUUCAUGGGUCGUCCCCCCACUUCCCGCUGAGCAUUUACCCUUUAAUACCCCAAAAGGGUUUCUAUUUCUUUGUGUCGGCCAAUCGGCUUCCUCCCCUGACGCGAGUCAAACAAGACGGGACAUGCGCCCCCCCUCUCCAGACAGCGAGGGGUUAAACCUCCUCUUAUUGUGACUUUUAGCUUCUCUAUUUUUUGGUAUAUUUUUUAUAAAAUGUAAAAUGAAGAAAAAUCCAAUAAAAAAAAUAGCUGCA